AUGAUCCCUGCAAGAACCUCCAUGAACCCGAAUCCUCAGCAACAGACAUUUUCGUCUAUGACUUCUCAACACCGGGGGCCGCGGGGGAGCGACCCUUACAACUAUCCAGCGCCCACACAGAUGAUGAACAAGAGCGCGCCGCCGCAGUCCGACCCCUAUUUCAUCCAGAGCACGCAGUCUCCUGGGCGGCGGGGGUACGGGAACCAUAAUCAGCCUUUGACGAACCCGAACGAGUUGUCCUCUGCAUCAACGAGCAAUCCCAGCCGGAUACCUAGCCAAGACCCACGGCCGAGCGAGUUUUUACCCACAAGUGGAGAACAACAGGUAGACCCAUACUCGCAUUCUACCUCUUUGCCAAGUCACCACAAUGACCCCGCCCACAACGUCGUUGACCCGGUUUUGCCGAUCCUUCCAGGAGGACAGCAUACGGAAUACUCGAUGCCUGACGAGGAGUUGGAAAGAACGCCCGUGUCUUCUAUUUCCAGCAGUGUCAGCCCGAAACGAAACGGCGGAAGAACAAGUGCUGCGAACUCAGCAUCGCCUACUCGUCGUGGACAAGGCAACAUACCGGAACCUCAGGGCAAUUACGGCAUGCCGAGCGUAAACCACAGCAACAGCCACCCCGACCGCCCUUCGAAGUUUCUCGGCGGGGAAAAAACAACAAGUUCCGCGAUACCGUAUGCGAACAUCACGGAUAAUUUGGUGCCCCGACUGCGCGCUGAAGUCCACGAAUACGGAACCGCGUUUUUCGACCAAAUUCGCGUUGGGGACAGCCCCUCUGCGCCGAGUGACAUUCGGUUUGAGAAGUUGAAAAAACGGGACAUGGAAGAGUGCAGGGCGUUGCACGCCGAAUGGUUCCCGAUCGCGUAUGACGAGGGGUUCUACAGGUAUAGAAGUACUAGAUGGAUCGGCGGGUACUACGUUGGUCGAUUUGUAGUUGGUUUUUGCGUCACAAACUGUGAAAAGUCGUCGUGUUUCAUCUGUAGUAGCUGGACUCACGACUAUCUGCAUCAAGAACGCAUCAGUAUUCUACAAAUAAUCUCCAGGUCGAUUGCCAACGAGCAGAUCCUUACCCUCGGAGCGUAUUUCGGUACCUGUCUCCUCGGUCUCAUCUGUGUCUCUUUUGCGUGCACGCACCACAGCGAAAUCAUGCCCUACGUGCUCGGGACGAGUUGCGAGACCGAGUGUGGGAAUUUUGAAGAAGAACAGGCUCAUGGAAGAUUUACUCCGCAAGAUUUUUCUCGCGGUGCUGUUCGUGAAGAACCAAACUACCUGUACGGCGAAGCAGAAGACGAUUUGUUCCGACCAGCGCCACCUCACGGUCUUCACGCCAACAACAGAUCACCAUCUUCUUCAACCCGUGACAUGAGAAGCCGCACCAUAGGAAUAAACAACGAUGAAAAAUAUCAUGAAACCUGUGGGAGUGGUGUGAUCGCGUACAUUCUGACCCUCGGCGUCAUUGAUGAGAUGAGAAGACGAGGCUUAGGACGGAAGCUGAUACAGGAGGUGAUUAGACGGUGUCCAACGUUUCACCAGUAUAGAAUAGAGGAAGUGGAGGAAGAUAGUGGUACAACUACUGGCGGGAGCUCCGAUUUGCUGUACCAAGCCAUGGAAGAUCCCGAUCCCCUCGCAUCAAGACCCCCACGACCCACAACCUCUUCAGCAGGACCACCAGCGCGCAAGACAUCAAAGCCGGUCCAAAAGCGGUACUGCUCGCAGAAGAUCAAAGCGCUUGCGCUACACGUCGUCCCCUACAACACCGCGGCCGUGAAUUUAUAUGAGAGUUUGGGGUUUUUGCGCAUAUCCAGUAUCGAUAACUUCUACCUGCUUCACGGGGAAAAGUACUCCGCCUUGAUCUACGCGUACUACUUUGACAACCACAAACCGCCUUUCUGGAUCCGGGUAAGGAUGAUGCUCAAAAAUUGGUUGAAAAUCAACUGGUGGUGA